GGAAGUGACGUAGGGCUAGCGGUCUGCGGCCCUCGGAACCCCGAGUCUUUUCCACCCGUCUUCACCUCUGGCGGCAGCGGAGGCGUGGCCCAGGGGCGCGAUGGCGUCAUCAGCGCGCGCCGCACCCGGAAGAGACGUGGCAGCGGAGGGAUAAUCGGGGCGGCCGGGGCUGAAGGGAGCGGAGCAGGGGCCCUGGGGAGAGUGGUCCCUGCCCUUCCGCGCCUCGAGCCAUCGCUACCGCCCUUCGGAACCAGUGCAGCGGCCGAUCAGUAAACACAGAGACUGGGGAUCGAUCAUGGGGCUUUGUAAGUGCCCCAAGAGAAAGGUGACCAACCUGUUCUGCUUCGAACAUCGGGUCAACGUCUGCGAGCACUGCCUGGUAGCCAAUCACGCCAAGUGCAUCGUCCAGUCCUACCUGCAAUGGCUCCAAGAUAGCGACUACAACCCCAAUUGCCGCCUGUGCAACAUACCCCUGGCCAGCCGAGAGACGACCCGCCUUGUCUGCUAUGAUCUCUUUCACUGGGCCUGCCUCAAUGAACGUGCUGCCCAGCUACCCCGAAACACGGCACCUGCCGGCUAUCAGUGCCCCAGCUGCAAUGGCCCCAUCUUCCCCCCAACCAACCUGGCUGGCCCCGUGGCCUCCGCACUGAGAGAGAAGCUGGCCACAGUCAACUGGGCCCGGGCAGGACUGGGCCUCCCUCUGAUCGAUGAGGUGGUGAGCCCAGAGCCCGAGCCCCUCAACACGUCUGACUUCUCUGACUGGUCUAGCUUUAAUGCCAGCAGUACCCCUGGACCAGAGGAGGUAGACAGCGCCUCUGCUGCCCCAGCCUUCUACAGCCAGGCCCCCCGGCCCCCGGCUUCCCCAGGCCGGCCCGAGCAGCACACAGUGAUCCACAUGGGCAAUCCUGAGCCCUUGACUCACGCCCCUAGGAAGGUGUAUGAUACGCGGGAUGAUGACCGGACACCAGGCCUCCAUGGAGACUGUGACGAUGACAAGUACCGACGUCGGCCUGCCUUGGGUUGGCUGGCCCAGCUGCUAAGGAGCCGGGCUGGGUCUCGGAAGCGGCCGCUGACCCUGCUCCAGCGGGCGGGGCUGCUGCUACUCUUGGGACUGCUGGGCUUCCUGGCCCUCCUUGCCCUCAUGUCUCGCCUAGGCCGGGCCGCAGCUGACAGCGAUCCCAACCUGGACCCACUCAUGAACCCUCACAUCCGCGUGGGCCCCUCCUGAGUCCCCUUGCUUGUGGCUAGGCCAGCCUAGGACGUGGGUUCUGUGGAGGAGAGGCGGGGUAAUGGGGAGGCCGAGGGCACCUCUUCACUGCCCCUCUCCCUCAAGCCUAAGACACUAAGACCCCAGACCCAAAGCCAAGUCCACCAGAGUGGCUGCAGGCCAGGCCUGGAGUCCCCAUGGGUCAAGCAUUUGUCUUGACUUGCUUUCCUCCCGGGUCUCCAGCCUCCUACCCCUCGCCCCAUGAAGGAGCUGGCAGGUGGAAAUAAACAACAACUUUAUUAAAA